UAAACCAUAGAGGUAUUUUAGUCAUUUUGGUCCCAGUACAGUAGAGAAUUAGUUGGAGGGAGGAAGAAGAAAAGUGUGAGGUGCAAAGCUGUGAUUUUUUAACCUCUUUCUCUCUCUGCUCUCUCUCUCUCUCUCUCUCUCUUCCCCUCUCUGUCUGGAUCAUCAAUGCGCAGCCGUAAAGAUUCUUCAAUUUGUUUCUCAAGGUCCAAAUUUCCAAAUUUUGGGUAUGGAUCAAGGGCAUUUUGCUACUACCUCGCUUGAUCUUUAGCAAGAGGACACAUAAUUUAUGUGUUAGUAGAUGUUUUAUGCACUUUAUCCGGCUGUUGUAUGAACCACUAACAGUUCCCAAAUCUAUGAUCUGCUUGAGGAUGUGAAAGGACUUUAGUACUCCAUUCUGAUCAUUUUUGCCCAUAAGUAGAACUCUUAGUAUUUGGAAUCUCAAAAGUAUACACUAAGGAACCACAAACUAAGCUCAAUGGGUUCAAGAUUUCCAUCUCAUCAGCUCAGCAAUGGCCUCUACGUCUCUGGGCGACCCGAGCAGGCAAAGGAGAAGCCUCCAACUAUGACUUCUGUAGCAAUGCCUUACACUGGGGGAGACAUUAAAAAAUCUGGAGAACUUGGAAAGAUGUUUGAAGUGCAUGCUGAGAUUUCCAAGUCAAGGAAAUCAGGACCGAUCAAUGCUCCUUCAAGAACUGGAUCAUUUGCAGGUUCCAAUGCUCACUCAGGUCAAAUGCCCAAUCCCACUGCUCGGUCUACUUAUUCUUCUGGUCCAGUUCCAGGUUCAGGUCCAUCAAUGGUCACUGGAGGUUCCAAAAGAACCAAUUCUGGACCUCUAAAUAGACAAGGGGAGUCUAUUAAGAGGUCAUCCGGUCCUCAAUCUAGUGGGGUCAUCCCAAUGGUUCGUCAAAACUCAGGUCCCAUUCCAAUGAUUCCAGCUACUGGCCUCAUCACAUCCGGCCCUAUUUCUUCUGGUCCACUUAAUUCUGCUGGUGCCCCUCGGAAAAUUUCUGGUUCUUUGGAUUCUACUGGGUCUAUUAAACUACAUAGCACAUCGAUUGCACAUAACCAAGCUGUUACUAACUUAAGCCAGGAGGAGGAGUAUUCAUUCAAGAAGAGCUUUCCGAAGGCAAUCCUGUGGUCUGUAAUUCUUCUGUUUGUCAUGGGGUUCAUUGCUGGUGGGUUUAUUCUUGGAGCUGUUCACAAUGCAAUCCUUCUCAUAGUUGUUGUGGUUGUGUUUGGUGCUGUUGCUGCACUUUUCACAUGGAAUUCUUGUUGGGGUAGGAGAGGCAUGGUUAGCUUCAUUAGCCGGUAUCCUGAUGCUGAACUUAGAACUGCUAAAGAUGGUCAAUAUGUUAAAGUAUCUGGGGUGGUUACCUGUGGAAAUGUUCCUCUUGAAUCAUCAUAUCAGAAGGUUCCAAGAUGUGUAUACACUUCUAUGAGUUUAUAUGAAUAUAGGGGAUGGGACUCAAAGGCUGCCAAUUCUCAACAUCGCCGAUUUACAUGGGGGCUCAGAGCAGUGGAGAGGCAUGUUGUGGAUUUUUACAUAUCAGACUUCCAGUCUGGCUUACGAGCGUUGGUAAAGACCGGUUAUGGUGCAAGAGUAGCCCCAUAUGUUGAUGAGUCCACUGUUAUUGAUAUCAACCCCAGCAAUAAGGAUUUAUCUCCCCACUUUAUCAGGUGGUUGGGGGAGAGGAACCUUUCAAGUGAUGAUCGGGUCAUGCGUCUAAAAGAGGGGUACAUCAAAGAAGGAAGCACCGUGAGUGUAAUGGGCGUUGUCCAAAGAAAUGACAACGUUCUAAUGAUUGUUCCCCCCUCUGAGCCUUUAUCUGUGGGCUGUCAGUGGUCCAAAUGCAUACUCCCAGUGAGCCUCGAGGGCAUUGUCCUUAGUUGCGAAGACUCUUCAAAGAUCGAUGUUGUACCUGUAUAAUUUAGGGUUUGAUUGGUAAAUGGAGUUGAAGGCUUUUUGUACAACGGAUUUGAGUUGGCAAGUGUUUAUUUUGUAUUU